AUGAAUCAAGACGGGACAUCUCGUCUUCCUCCUCCACCUCUGUUUACAAUUCGACCACCACCAACACCACCAGGCUCCUUAUUUGAGAACUUUCAAACAGUAGAGAUUCUAAAUGGUCGAUGUGUUCGACCAUCGUUGAAUCUAUUGAAUGCAUCUUCGCCAGAAAGUGUUCUCCCAAACCAUGAAGAAUCUAUCAAUUGGUUAAAUAUUUUUCUUCUCAUUUUGGCUGUAAUUAGUGUUAUUUGUUGUAUUAUCAUUGCGAUAUUCAUUUUCAUUUGUCUAAAAAAGUUACGCAAAGAAGAAAAACAAUAUCAAAAUUAUUUCAUGUCUGGUACACUAUCGUCGAAAACGCAUUACUAUCGUCGUCAUCCGUCUCAAGUUGAUUCGUGUACAAGAACAAGUGAACAUUACAAGUGCACAUCUAAUUGUUGUGAUGAUUAUUAUUCCCAUCAAUUAAUGCCAAUGACAAACAUUUCCUCUCGUCAUCCUGUCAAAUCAAAUGAAACUACUCAAUCUUUAUCAAUAGAUAAGGUCGCUAACGGACAAGAUACUCCUCAAAAUCAUCAGUACGAAUGUAUACCUGAAUAUUUGUUAACGAUGGCUCGACAUCAUCAUUCGCCGCGUCCUUGUCAUCAUCCGCAUAAAAUAUAUCAACAAAUGAGCACUUCUUGUGGAAUACCUUACAAUACAUUCUCUCGUUCGUAUCUUUUACCACAAGAAUCAAUGCCAACAACGAACGUCAGUGAUGGUAGUCAAUGUACAUGUUCAUCUGCAUCGCAACCACCAGUUACUUCAUCUGCACAGGCUAUUCAAGAAGAAUCAUCCGUACCUUUACUGAUACCGGCAGUAUCGAAAGAAUCUCGAAAUACAGAAGAAGUAUCAUCACGAUUACCAUUAAUUAUCGGUUGGACACGACGAAAUCCGUCGACAACGACAACGAAAAGAAAAUCAACUGAACGACGACAUAGUUUUCUAGCUCAAUUACGCAAAUCUUCUAUACUAUAA